CUUUUCCUUAGAUGGCUUAACACUUCUCGGCUGGUCACCGUCAUGAAGAUCAAUCCUCACGACAACUCCAGUAUGCUUUGUCCGCUAUUCUGCGCCCUUUAGAUGUGUUGGCGCACUUUGUUGUCAGUUCUUCUUCCUGACCAAGUGGAGCGUAUUUUUGCCAUCGUUAAUGAUGUUCGUACCUUAGUUUUACAUAUUGGUAGUGUUGCUAAAGAAGCAUGUAGUAAUCUGGCCCUGGGGGCGGUGAACCCCUCUUUUACUUCUUCGCCCUUGUCUGGGGAUUGUGACUAUACCAUGGGUAAAGAUCAAUUUAAAGAAGUAGUGUCCACCAACACGACUCUCCAAGAACCACUCAGAGAUGCCCGACCUCUUCGUCGUCAAAAUAAUAGUUGG